CGAGCGAACGAUCGAACAAGCGAACGAACUGGGCGAAAGCAGGACCCGAGCUGCCGGAGAGAGCGAGCGAGCGAGGCCCGACGGGGGCGACGCGAGGCGGCCGAGCACGCGCCGCUUAGCCCGCUGUCCACACGGGGCCGCGCGCGCCGCGCCAGGACACUGUUGCUGCUGCAGGUACCUGACAGGAAGCAGCCCCACCUGCUUCCUUGAGCCCAGGUCAUCUGGCCCCUUCAGCCUCCUGGAACCUCCUGGAAUCCCCAGGUGUGGCUCUGUUUCGCUGCAGUCAUGGGGUCCGAGGACCACAGUGCCCAGAACCCCAGCUGCAAAAUCAUGACCUUCCGCCCCACCAUGGACGAGUUCAGGGACUUCAACAAAUAUGUGGCCUACAUUGAGUCACAGGGUGCCCACCGCGCUGGCCUGGCCAAGAUUAUCCCACCGAAGGAGUGGAAGCCGCGCCAGACGUAUGACGACAUUGACGACGUGGUCAUCCCGGCGCCUAUCCAGCAGGUGGUGACGGGCCAGUCAGGGCUCUUCACUCAGUACAACAUCCAGAAGAAGGCCAUGACAGUGGGGGAGUACCGCCGCCUGGCCAACAGCGAGAAGUACUGCACCCCGCGCCAUCAGGACUUUGACGACCUGGAACGCAAGUACUGGAAGAACCUGACGUUCGUCUCCCCCAUUUAUGGGGCUGACAUCAGUGGCUCACUGUAUGAUGACGACGUGGCCCAGUGGAACAUCGGCAACCUGAGGACCAUCCUGGACAUGGUGGAGCGAGAGUGCGGCACCAUCAUCGAGGGCGUGAACACGCCCUACCUCUACUUCGGCAUGUGGAAGACCACGUUUGCCUGGCACACCGAGGACAUGGACCUCUACAGCAUCAACUACCUGCACUUCGGCGAGCCCAAGUCCUGGUACGCCAUACCACCGGAGCACGGCAAGCGCCUGGAGCGCCUGGCCAUAGGCUUCUUCCCUGGGAGCUCGCAGGGCUGCGAUGCUUUCCUGAGGCACAAGAUGACACUCAUCUCGCCCAUCAUCCUGAAGAAGUAUGGCAUCCCCUUCAGCCGGAUUACCCAGGAAGCCGGGGAGUUCAUGAUCACAUUCCCUUAUGGUUACCACGCGGGCUUCAACCACGGCUUCAACUGCGCUGAAUCUACUAACUUUGCCACUCUACGCUGGAUUGACUACGGCAAAGUGGCCACGCAGUGCACGUGCCGCAAGGACAUGGUGAAGAUCUCCAUGGAUGUGUUUGUGCGCAUCCUGCAGCCCGAGCGCUAUGAGCAGUGGAAGCAGGGCCGAGACCUCACGGUGCUGGACCACACGAGGCCCACGGCCCUGAGCAGCCCCGAGCUCAGCUCCUGGAGUGCCUCUCGUGCCUCCCUCAAGGCCAAGCUCCUGCGCAGACAAAUUAGUGUGAAGGAGAGCAGACCCUGGAGAAAGGCUGAGGAGGAGAGGAGGCCGAGUCUAGAGAGGAGGCGGGAGCACACCAGGAGGCCAGGGCCGUCGUCGCACCGGAGACGGAGCCAGCCCAAGAAGUCAAAGCCUGAAGACUCCAGGUCUCCUGGGGAGGCAGUGGCUGGGGUGCCUGGUCUGGAUGAGGCCAGGGCCUGUUCCCGUGAGGAGGCCAUGCCUGAGGACGACGACGAGGAGGAGGAGCUACUAUCCUCACAGAGCCAUGAGGCCGAGGGUGUGGAAGAGGAUGGCAGAGGCAAGCCUCGGCCAGCCAAGGCCAGGAGCAAGAAGAAGACUCCCAGCCCACCCCUAUUGCCACCUGCCCCACCAGCCCUAUGCCCCACCGAGGAAGUCCUGAGGCCGCCACCACCCAAGUCUCCAGUGCAAGCCACGGGCUCCACAGCUGCAGAGGGUGGUCCUCCACCAGCACCCCUCAAUGUCAUGCCUCCCGGGGUGCCAGGUGAGGAAGCAGAGGCACGGCCCCGGCCCAUCAUCCCAAUGCUGUAUGUGCUGCCCCGCACCAACACCCCUGACGGGGACAGGGAGCGUGCUGCCCACCCACAGCUGGCACCCAUGGAGCUGGGGCCGGAAGAGGAAGGCCAGGCACAGGCUGGUGACACGCAGGUGCCAACCCCCUUCUCUAAGCUGAAGGUGGAAAUCAAAAAGAGCCGGCGUCACCCCUUGGGUCGGCCACCCACUCGGUCCCCACUGUCUGUGGUCAAGCAGGAGGCCUCAAGCGAUGAAGAAGCCUUCCCGUUCUCAGGGGAGGACGAUGUGAGCGACCCUGAGGCCUUGAGAUCCCUGCUGUCACUGCAGUGGAAGAACAAGGCUGCCAGCUUCCAAGCUGAGAGGAAGUUCAACGCGGCGGCUGCCCUUACCGAGCCCUACUGCGCCAUCUGCACCCUCUUCUACCCCUACAGCCAGUCAGUACACACAGAGCGGGAGGUCCUGGCCUCUCCGGGGGAAAGUGCUGUCCAGCCGCCCUCCAAAAGUGGCCAGAGGACACGGCCACUGAUCCCCGAGAUGUGCUUCACCUCAAGUGGGGAGAACACCGAGCCUCUUCCGGCCAACUCCUACGUCGGCGAGGACGGCACCAGCCCGCUCAUCUCCUGUGCCCACUGCUGCCUGCAGGUCCACGCCAGUUGCUAUGGUGUCCGGCCCGAGCUGGCCAAGGAGGGCUGGACAUGUUCCCGGUGUGCCGCCCACGCCUGGACUGCGGAAUGCUGUCUGUGCAACCUCCGGGGGGGAGCACUGCAGACAACCACGGAGCACAGGUGGAUUCACGUGAUCUGCGCCAUCGCAGUCCCUGAAGUACGCUUCCUGAAUGUGAUUGAGCGCAACCCUGUGGACGUCAGCGCCAUCCCUGAGCAGCGGUGGAAACUGAAGUGCGUGUACUGCCGAAAGCGCAUGAAGAAGGUGUCCGGUGCCUGCAUCCAGUGCUCCUACGAGCACUGCUCCACAUCCUUCCACGUCACCUGUGCGCACGCGGCUGGCGUCCUCAUGGAGCCCGACGACUGGCCCUAUGUGGUGUCCAUCACCUGCCUCAAGCACAGGGCAGGCGCAGCAGGGGGCCAGCUCCUGCGGGUGGUGUCCCUGGGCCAGGUCGUCAUCACCAAGAAUCGCAAUGGGCUGUACUACCGCUGCCGUGUCAUUGGCACCACUGCGCAGACCUUCUACGAGGUCAACUUCGACGACGGCUCCUACAGUGACAACCUGUACCCAGAGAGCAUCACGAGCAGAGACUGCGUGCGGCUCGGGCCACCCCCUGAGGGCGAGCUGGUGGAGCUGCGGUGGACAGACGGCAAUCUCUACAGAGCCCGGUUCAUCUCCUCGGCCACCAGCCUCAUUUACCAGGUGGAGUUUGAGGACGGCUCUCAGCUGACUGUGAAGCGUGGGGACAUCUUCACCCUGGAUGAGGAGCUGCCCAAGAGGGUGCGGUCCCGGCUGUCGCUGAGCACGGGUACGCCGCAGGAGCCCAGCUUCUCUGGGGACGAUGUGAAAGCCGCCAAGCGCCCAAGAGUGGCCACCAUGCUGACCACCUCCACCGAGGACGCAGGGCGCAGCCCGGAAUACCUGGCCUUCAUGGAAAGCCUGCUGCAGUCACAGGGCCGGCCUGGGGCACCCUUCUAGACACUGCCCACCCCGUCCCCCUGUGGGACCUACCUGGGCAACACGACCAGCAGGAUCCAACAUGGCUGGACUCAGGGAGCAGGGCCAGCAUCCCUGGACUGCAGCGACUUCGUGGGAGCUGGCCUGACUCUGCUUUUCUCCUAAAGGUGCUAUGGGGCAUCCCGGAGCCUCCUGUGACAGAUGCCAGCCGAGGACGCUGGGGCACGACCCCAACCUGUUUUUUUAGAUUUGUGGCUUUAAAAACUGACAGCAGAAACGCUCUUUUUCCUCAGAACCAAGAUCCGAGGAGAUAAAAGCUUCGUCCUUG